AUGAUGGAUUUCUACAACGUGCUCGAGAUUACGCCAGAUGCUUCAGAAGAAGAUAUCAAGAAGGCAUAUAGAAAGCUCGCUCUUAAAUAUCAUCCCGAUAAGAAUCAUGAGCCUGGUGCUGCUGAAAAGUUUAAAAGCGUAAGUGAAGCCUAUCAAAUCUUGUCUGAUCCUGAAAAGAGACGAUUAUACGACAACGAGGCCAGUGAGGAUGCCGAUGGCCUGAAUCAACAAGAUCACUACACAACAUCGCAGCCAUUUACUUCCACAACCACAUCUUCUACAAGAACAAGAACAUUUGGACGUGAUCCGCUCUUUGCCACAUUUCAGUUUCGAACCCCAGAUGACAUAUUCAACCAGUUCUUUAAUGGCCAAGAUCCGUUCAAAUUGUUCAUGGAAGACCCCUUUCUGGGCGGCGGUAUAGCUUCGAGUGGUAUCCGUGCGUCUAUGAUACAUGAUCCAUUUACGUCUCCCUUUGAUCAUCCACGCAAUGCGAGCAACAUCAGCAACAACAUUUACAAUAUGAAUGGUGUAUCGGGGGCAUCAAGAACAAUGUCAACAACAACAAGCAUCGUGAAUGGACAUAAACAUACAAUCACCAAGAUUAUUGAUGCCAACGGAACUCGGAUUAUCGAGGAUUAUGGUGAUGGACGUCAGCGUGUUACAGUGAAUGGCGAAGAAGAGGUGUCACCCGCUCAGCAAUCCCAACAACCACUUUCACAGCAUAGAAUCAUUGAUGGUCGACCAUCUUAUGACAUGCCCGCUGUUAUUAGGCCUUAUGCAAGUGUGGAUUUGAACAGAGAAUAUGGGGAUAAUCAUACAGCAGGAGACUAUGAUGAAGAAAACAAUUCCAGACGUCGUAAAAGCCCACUGCAUGAACUAUGCUCCCGAAUCUGCUGCUGCUUUUAG